AAAUUGAUAAAUCUUAUCGAAAUAAUAUUAUCGUUACCACAACUUGUAUAUAAAAUACGAUGGGACACAACUUGGCAGUAGUUAACAUCGAAAAGCGACAAAAAAAAGUCAAAGAAGAAGAAAGGCAUCGAAAAUGAAAGUUAUUGUAGCACUCUUGGUUGCCCUGGUUUCGGCCAGUCCUCUGAAUGCUAUCGAACUGCCAGCCACGGGUUCGGGCGCUCUAGCAAGAGAGCUCCAGCCUUUCCUGGACUUGGUCCCGGUUGGAAAGAUUCUCGAAAUAUCGAAAGCCUACCUGGCACAGGAUAAAGAAUUCCAAGCAGUCGUUGAGUUGCUCAGGUCCAACGAAUCGAAACAAUGGGUAGAAGAGAUCGAAGAGGAAGUUGCAUUCAAAAAGAUGCUGGACUAUAUGCAGAACAACGGUUUGGACAUAAAAUUGCUGGUGAACCGCUUCAACAAAGCUCUUGGUAUCCCAUCUGUGGUCUCUAGGAUACAAACCUUCUUCGCUCCUCAUAUCAUGAUCACCGGUGGAAUCGAAGGUUACGUCCAAGAUAUCGGUAGUCUUAUUUCGAUAGAGAAGUUUGAGCAACUCUACGAAGAGAAGAUAGCGAACUCCCAAGUAUUCAAGGAUUUCGUGCACGAAGUGACCUCCGCCGAACAUAUAUCCUUAUACCUAUCCAUUUUCUCGAAUAAGCAUUAUCAAAAUUUGGCACAACAGGUCGGAGACAUGGGAGUCAAUAGAAACUAUUUCGAAGCAUCCGUUCUCUUAAUACUUGUAGUUUCCACUGGCAAUGGUUUUGAUGUAAACUUGGUGGUGAACAAUUUCAACAAAGCUCUUAGUAUCCGACCUCUGACCUCUAGGAUAACAGCUUCCUUGACUCCUUACAAGGUCACCGGUGGAAUCAAUGGCUAUAUGGAGGAUACCGCUUCCCUUAUUUCGAUGGAUGACCUGAUGCGUCUCUACGAAGACAAAAUUGAGCACGCCAAGGUGUUUAGAGACUUGGUGCACGAAGUGGUCUUGAACAAGGAUAAUUUUAGAAAGAUGAAAGUUAUUGUAGCACUCUUGGUUGCCCUGGUUUCGGCCAGUCCUCUGAAUGCUAUCGAACUGCCAGCUACAGGUUCGGGCGCUCUAGCAAGAGAGCUCCAGCCUUUCCUGGACUUGGUCCCGGUUGGAAAGAUUCUCGAAAUAUCGAAAGCCUACCUGGCACAGGAUAAAGAAUUCCAAGCAGUCGUUGAGUUGCUCAGGUCCAACGAAUCGAAACAAUGGGUACAAGAGGUCGAAGAGGAAGUUGCAUUCAAAAAGAUGCUGGACUAUAUGCAGAACAACGGUUUGGACAUAAAAUUACUGGUGAACCGCUUCAACAAAGCUCUUGGUAUCCCAUCUGUGGUCUCUAGGAUACAAACCUUCUUCGCUCCUCAUAUCAUGAUCACCGGUGGAAUCGAAGGUUACGUCCAAGAUAUCGGUAGUCUUAUUUCGAUAGAGAAGUUUGAGCAACUCUACGAAGAGAAGAUAGCGAACUCCCAAGUAUUCAAGGAUUUCGUGCACGAAGUGACCUCCGCCGAACAUAUAUCCUUAUACCUAUCUAUUUUCUCGAAUAAGCACUAUCAAAAUUUGGCACAACAGGUCGGAGACAUCGGAGUCAAUAGAAACUAUUUCGAAGCUUCCGUUCCCUUAAUACUCGUAGUUUCCACUGUAAUUUUAUCAAAACAUUUUCAGGAAUCGAUACAUGUUCUUACAGUUAACGCGAUGCAGUGGAAAACGAAGGAAGGGAAUAGGACUGGAAUAAGAAUAGAAUAUGAGCGGGAUACGAUCUGGUGGUACAACAGUUCGAGGAGAAAACUGCAUGCGAUUAAAGCAAGUCAAAAGAGAAAAGAAGUAUCAAAGAUGAAAGCCAUCGCAGUUCUCUUGGUAGUUCUGGUCGCGGCCAGUCCUCUGAAUGCCAUCAAAGUCCCAGCCACGGGUUCGGGCGAGCUCGCCAGGGAUUUCCAGCAGUUCGUGGACAUAACCCCGAUCGAUGAAAUUCUCGCAGUAUCGAAAGCCUAUCUGGCCCAGGACAAACAAUUCCAAACAGCUAUAAAGUUGCUCAGAAGCAGCGAAUCGAAACAAUGGGUACAGGAGGUCGAAAAGGCACCGGAAUACAAAAUGCUGCUGGACUUUAUAGAGAAAUGUGGUUUUGAUAUAAAAUUGGUGACAAACAACUUCAACAAAGCCCUUGGUAUCCCACCUCUGGUCUCUAGGAUACAAGCUUAUUUGACUCCUUACCGCAAUAUCACCGGUGGAAUCCAAGGCUACGUCUACGAUAUCGGUAGACUUCUUUCGAUGGAUAAAUUUGCGCAGGUUUACGAAGACAGGAUAGCGAACUCCAAGGCAUUCAGGGAUUUCGUGCACGAAGUGAUCUCCUCCAAAUACUUACCUUUCUACCUAUCCGUCUUCUCGAAUAAGCACUUCCAAAAUUUGGAACAACAGGCCGCAAACUCUGGCAUCGAUAGAAACUAUUUCCAUGUUUUCGCUCCUUUACUACUUGUAACUUCCACUAUAGUUUAAAGUUGAAAGUAUUAGGUUUUAUGAACUCAAUUCCAUAAUGCUUAUUGUUCAUUUAUCUCUUAAAGAAUAAAAUAUAAUUAUAUUGCAUUGAAA